GUCCCUACCCAAAAACAUACAUACGGCAUUUAGUGUCAGUGCAAUACCUUUUUAAUUCAAAAGAAAAUACGCUUGUGACAGCAUACAUUCUGCCAUUUUACAAGGAAAAACAGUAUCAGUGCACAUAAAAGAACAAAGCGAACAGUGAAAUGGGCGGUCACGACAACUGGAACCACAAACGCAACGGGCAGCACGACGACGAUGACUCCAUCACCGAGCCGGAGCAUAUGCGAAAAUUGUUCAUCGGUGGGCUGGACUACCGCACCACCGACGAGAACCUGAAGGGUCACUUCGAGAAAUGGGGCAACAUCGUGGACGUGGUGGUCAUGAAGGAUCCCCGGACGAAGCGCUCCCGUGGAUUCGGCUUCAUCACCUACUCCCACUCGAGCAUGAUUGACGAGGCGCAAAAGUCGCGUCCCCACAAGAUCGACGGCCGCGUGGUCGAGCCCAAGCGGGCUGUUCCCCGCCAGGACAUCGAUUCCCCGAACGCCGGAGCCACCGUCAAGAAACUGUUCGUGGGCGCCCUCAAGGACGACCACGAUGAGCAGAGCAUCCGGGAUUACUUCCAGCACUUUGGCAACAUCGUCGACAUCAACAUCGUCAUGGACAAGGAGACGGGCAAGAAGCGAGGAUUCGCCUUCGUCGAGUUCGAUGACUACGAUCCGGUUGACAAAGUUGUGUUGCAAAAGCAGCAUCAGCUGAAUGGCAAAAUGGUGGACGUGAAGAAGGCCCUGCCCAAGCAGAAUGACCAGCAGGGAGGCGGCGGUGGUGGAGGACGCGGUGGUCCCGGAGGUCGUGCCGGCGGAAACCGCGGCAACAUGGGCGGCGGUGGCGGCAACUAUGGCAACCAGAAUGGAGGAGGCAACUGGAAUGGCGGUGGCAACAACUGGGGCAACAACCGCGGAGGCAACGAUAACUGGGGCAACAACAGCUUCGGUGGCGGCGGCGGCUACGGAGGUGGCAACAACAGCUGGGGCAACAACAACCCGUGGGACAAUGGCAAUGGCGGCGGCAACUUUGGCGGUGGCGGUGGCUCCAACUGGAACGGUGGUGGCAAUGACUUUGGUGGCUACCAGCAGAACUACGGCGGCGGCCCUCAGCGAGGUGGCGGCAACUUCAACAGCAAUAGGAUGCAGCCCUAUCAAGGCGGUGGCAACUUCAAAGCAGGCGGUGGCAAUCAAGGCAACUAUGGCGGCAACAAUCAGGGCUUCAAUAACGGUGGCAACAACCGCAGAUAUUGAGAGAGAUACCAGACGAGGUGAUAAAGUAAAAGUCGCUCAGUAUAAGCCCAAAAUUCAAAGUCAAGUAAACGAUACGCAAUUCAAUGAUCAAUAACGAGUAUGAACGCACGUUCAUAGACCUAAGAAGUUUUCCGAGCACCACAAACCAAACCAAACAUGACAGAAGAGAAGAGAGGAGAUUGAUUGAUCAGGAUCAGUGCAGUGCAGUCGUAAGGAGUUUGGUUCAGACUUGGAUUAGAGCAGAGAAACAGAGAGAUCAGUACCAGUACCAGUCCAUUACAGCAGCAGUACAGUACAGUACAGAGCAGAGCAGUGUGUGAGCUAAGCAGAAGAGUGUAACAACUAAUCAUUCAGAGAGAUCCCAGAUC